AAAAAAGUUAUAAAAUAAUUAUUCAAAACCCUAAAAAAUCAAGAAAGAUUAAAAGUAAAAGUGUAAAAAAAUAAUAAAUAAUAAAAAAUAAACAACAAAAUGAUUUAUGAUGAUUGUUAAAUGUCACUUAAAUAAUUUAUUACUUUAAUGUUAAAAAAUAUAUAUAUAUAUAUGUAUAUGCAAGUACUGGAUUUAUAAGCACAAUUUAGAGCAACAACUAACAACAAAUAGCAACAAAGUGUAGUAAAUGUUAAAAGUGUGACGACGAGAAAGAGCAAUGUUGCAUAAACAAAGAUCUGAUGUGAUACGCUUAUCAACGUCAACUCAAACGACCCCGUCGUAAUAACUAAAAAAGGAAAUUAAAAAUAAACCUCGACUUGUUAUAGUAAAAAGUCAAAAUUGUAGUAAAUAAAAACUUAACAAGUUGCGACUAAAAGAGUACCAAGUAACAAAAACUAGAAAAAAUCACACAAGCACGUUUGUUAGCCAACUAAAAAAAAAAAUAAAUGAAGUACUACAAUUUUGCAACAAACUCAAUCUAAAAGGAUAACAACCAAACUUGUACUGACUGAAUGGGACUCUAUAAGUACAUUCUUGAAAAGCAUAGUGUAUACAACUAUAUAACAAUAUACUUUUGCCUUCCUUUCACACUAAAUAUAUAUUGGUAUUAAAAUAAAAAGAUUCGCCUGGCCAACAGUCGGUCAUUGUGUGCUCGUAUUGUACCUCGAUAUCUCGUCGUAAGUUUGUUUGCUUGUUUGUAUGAGAAGACAUAGUAGCCCAAGGAUUAAACCGGCAACGAGAACGUUGGAUUUUUUAAAGCGUCGAAUGCAAGAUGUCAAUGCAAAAAUUGACUGAUGCCACCACCACCACCAAUUCGGGUUAUGUCAGUUCUGAAGAAACCGAUUCACUUUUGGUCUCGAAUACACCUAAAUGUAAAACGUCUGUUUUGCGACAAAUAAAAAUGAAUUCCGCCAAUGGACCAACAACGAACAAUAUGACUUCCACAGCAUCGACAAAGCCGACGUUGAUGCGACAGGAUCGUACCUCAACAUAUCUAACCAGUCCACAGCUGUCACAACAAACACGUUUGGGUUCGGACGAGAGUGAACGUAGUGCCCAUGUAGCCGAUGAUGAUGUUGAACAGGGUCUUCGACCAUCCACAGUGCCUGACAUAGAAGUUUAUCAAGAGGACCAAUCGGAUCACAAUCAGAAUCAAAAGCAAACAACAACACAACAUCAUAAUCAGCAACAGAAACAGCAGCAACUAACGGCAACAUCAACACCAGCCUCUGCGGCGCAGAGUCAUCAAUUGCAACAGCAACCAACCAUAUCAAUAACGAAUUUAAAUCAUGGCUAUGAAGACAACUCGAAUUUGGGAACAUCAUAUCAGAAUCUAUCAUCUAGCCCCAUAUCUCCGAGUGCCCAAACACGCUGUCGUGCCUGCAGAAACUGCAGUAGGCGUGCCUCAACUACACCCAUAUCGACAACAGGUCAAAUGGAUCGUUCAACUUCACGUGAUAGUGUUAAAAGUGCCUUUCAACAAGGAAAUCUGGGUAGUUCCCUAGUGCCAUACGGCUCAAACAAUGCCCUGCCCCUAAAUGUGCCGCCGGUUUUGGUAACGUCUUCUCCAACCAACGGUUCCAGAAUAAUACGUCAAAGCUCCCAACCAGAAUCCAGUAAUCUGGCCAUAUGUUGCGGUGCUCACACCUCCUGUGGUCAUUCCCACACCGUGCCUAAUGUUUCCCUCAGACAAUUGCGUACCGAACCAAGUCAAAGUGAUGGUAUUGCGGGUAUAGCAGCUGAUUCUUUAAGAAUUAAUGGUGGCAUGCGACCAUUUAAGCAGGGUGUACUACUAAUGCCCCGUACAUUGUCCGAAAGCCGAAAAUUGCGACUUCGAAGAGCUUUUACUGAGGCCACUAACGAAACACUGCAAUGCUCAAAAAUGCUCCGCAAACCAGCAUCCACUCUCUCAAUUCCUGGCUCGAUGAAAACACCUUCCAUUGCGAAUCGGGAACAGAUCUCAUCAGGAUGCAACGAAGAAGCAGCAGAGGCGUUAGUUGGCAUAAAUACCGACUACCCAAGGUAUGAAAUGUAUGUAUAACCAAAGGCCAUGCUUAUAGUAAAUAAUCCAUCCAUAUUUACUAUCACUACUACUAAUCAAUUAUUUUGCGCGCUUUCUUUUAUUUUGUUUUUACCCCCCAUAAUUUUGGGAAAUACAAUCAACGUCAUGAAAUUGAAUGAAUUUUUGCAGUUAUUUAUGAUUGAUAAUUGUGCUGACGAUUGGAGGAUCGCGAUGACAUGGCAACGAAUUAGUCAAAUAAGUUUAGAACUUUUUAUAUGUGCAAUACAUCCAAUACCUGGUGAAUAUUAUUUUCAAUGGACUACGAAAUUGGCGAAUAAAAAUAAAACAAUGGGCACCGAAAUGGUGCCAUACGAUGUAGCUUUAUCAUUACCCAUGUUCCUUCGUUUAUAUUUAAUAUGUCGUGUAAUGCUUUUACAUUCAAAACUAUUUACGGAUGCCUCAUCAAGGAGCAUAGGUGCUCUUAAUAGGAUAAAUUUUAAUACCAGAUUUGUUCUAAAAACAUUAAUGACAAUAUGUCCGGGUACGGUGUUACUAGUAUUUAUGGUGUCUUUAUGGAUUAUAGCAUCAUGGACGUUGCGGCAGUGCGAAAGAUUUCAUGAUGAAGAACAUGCAAAUCUUUUGAAUGCAAUGUGGCUGAUAGCAAUAACAUUUCUAAGUGUUGGUUUUGGUGAUAUUGUUCCAAAUACCUAUUGUGGACGUGGUAUCGCUGUUAGUACAGGAAUAAUGGGCGCCGGUUGUACGGCUCUACUGGUAGCGGUUGUCUCCAGAAAACUGGAAUUGACAAGAGCGGAAAAACAUGUGCACAAUUUUAUGAUGGACACACAGUUAACAAAAAGGCUGAAAAAUGCUGCGGCGAAUGUUCUUCGUGAAACUUGGCUCAUUUACAAACAUACAAGACUAGUAAAACGGGUUAAUCCCGGACGUGUAAGAACCCACCAAAGAAAGUUCCUUCUAGCAAUUUAUGCGUUACGAAAAGUUAAAAUGGAUCAGCGUAAACUGAUGGAUAAUGCCAAUACGAUAACAGAUAUGGCCAAGACACAAAAUACAGUGUAUGAAAUAAUAUCAGACAUGUCAAGUAGACAAGAUGCCAUAGAGGAACGUUUAACAAAUUUAGAAGAUAAAUUACAAGCUCUACAAGAUCAUAUGGAGAGUCUGCCAGAUAUAAUAACACGUUGUCUGAGUCAACAUCAAGAGAGGGUGGAACAACGAAAAAAUUUUUUACAUCCAGAUACGGCAGCGCAAGCGUUGCAACCGCCACACACACCAACUCCCAUGUUCAAUACGCCAUCAAUGCAAUUUCCACACUCAAGGUUGGUAUUUAAUCCUUUUAAUACAAAAAAUACAACAACAACCACAUCUGCAACAUCAACAAAUCAACAAAUUCAGCAGCAACAUCAAUAUCAGAAUCAAACACAAACUCAAUAUCAAGACCAACAUCACAAUCAUUCACAAAACUAUUUUAACCAUGAAUAUCAUCAUCAUCAAUAUCCUUCUGAAACAUUGCCAUUGAUUCCUCCUUUCAAUAAAUCCAUGUUACCACAAUCACCACCAAUGUCACCUACAACAGCAAAAACAACGCCACCUAUACCGCCACCACGACACUUUAAUGCAAAUGUAGCAAAUUAACAGAAGAAUUAAAAAGAAACCAACUAACCAACAACAGCAACAAAAACAAGAACAACUAGUAUUACAAAUUCGACAUGAGCCAAUUUGUUCCAAUGUGGUCAACAUUUGGUUGUAAAUUAAUUUUGUUGUUUUUUUUUCUUUUUAUAGAAAUGUAAUAGUAGAGAGUUUUUAAGAAAGAUUUAUACUUAGACUUCGAGAUGUUUUUGAUGUUUAGUUGUACAUAACUUUAGCUGUCAAGUAUAUUAAAAUGUUAUGAUAUUCAUUACAAUAAUAGAUAUGAAUGAUCCGAACUAUACUCCGAACUUUAGUCUAAAGUAUUAUCUAGAAUAUAAGCUAGUCUGGAACCACAUUCUGAACUACAGUCUGUUCUAUAUUCUCAAACUAAAGACUGGACUAUUGUCUAAACUAUAUGCUAGAUUAUAUACGAUCUGAACUAUAGCCUAAACUAUAGUCUCAAAAACAACCUGGGUCAUAAUGUCAUCUAUAUAGUUGACAUCCAGGUUAGUCCGCACUAUUGUCUGACCCAUCAACAUUAUUAUAAUCUGAGCUACUAUAAUCUGAAUUAGGAUCUGAACUAUAUUUUAGUGUAGUCUGAAAUUUGUAGACCUGUCACAGAAUUCCAUUCCGAUCGAUAGCGGAACGAUAACUUGAAUAUAAAUCGAUAAACUCUUAAAAAAUAAUAACUUCAAACUAUUGUAGUCACAAAUAUACUCGGAACUAGUUUGAUCUAAAGUCAAAAAUUAAACUAUAAUAACUAAUAUAUAAGUUUUAGAUCAUACUACCGAUAUUUCAGAAUACAUUUUAUGAUAUCUCGAUAGCUAAAGUGUUGUUAUUUACAGAAAUCUUCUCGUAACCAGAUUUUAAACCUUUUUUUUAAUAGUUUUUGAUAAAAGACAGGGAAUCUACCAAUACAAGGAAAAACAAUUUUUCUAAACUAUUCGAAUGUUUUCAAUUUAAACGCCAAAAUUACACACUAUAUAUUAAAAAUUAUUUAGACUCUUAAUUUACAACCAAAUUGAUCACAUCUCUUUCGUCCUGCUACCGAUUUGUCAAAGCUAAUUCUAUUAUAUAUAUUUCAAGUGUUGCCAAUUUAUUCGUUUAAUUUUGUAUGUAAAUCUUUGUUUUAUACUGUUAUUUUCAGCAAAUGCCCAUAAUCCUUAACAUGUCAAAAAGUCUCUUGAAGUUUGGCACGGCAUAUCAAUUGCCUAGUUUAUAGACUAGUUAAUAGUCUAGUUUUUAGACAAAUCUAGUUGCUAUUGUGCCCUGACUAGUUCAUAGACUAUUCCAGAAGUAAAUCAUCUAACUAGUACAUAGAACAGUUAGUAGGCUAAUUCGUUAAUUAGUUAAUAACUAGUACACACAGCAGAGAUAUAAGUUGAAUUUGCUUUAAUCGGCUGCGGCUGGUUUCCAACGAAGAUUUAGCAAACCGCGCCGCAAAUAGUGAGGCGCCGAUAAUUUUGCAACGGUUUUUAACUUUUGUACUUAGAGUAUUCCAUAUUGUAGUCCAUAGACUAGUUCAUAGAUUGAAAAUGGAAUAAUCCACAAACUAGACUAGUUUAUAGAUUGAAAAUUGAAUAAUUCACAAACUAGUCAAAAGACUAGACAAUCGACUUUUGAAUAGAAUAUUGCUUAGAUUAGUUAAUUGAUUAGCCCAUAACUAGUCAAAAGGUUGUUCCAUUUUUCAAUCAAUAGACUAGUAAAAAGUCCAAAUACUAGUCAAUAAACUACUUCACUGAGUAGUCCAGUAAAACUUUUUAUUACAAUUGCAAAAUUAAAUAACAAACUAAAAUCAAUACAAACUAAAUUGGCAACUUACUUAUAAAAAGCGCUUAACUAACUUAUUAAAAACAACAACAACUACUGCAAAACAACAAUUCUAAAUAUAUCUCUAUCUGUAUUCAUACUGUCUCUUCUACUACAACUUUAUUUCUCGCUUCGACAACAGAUCAUCUUUCAUUUAUAACUUGUUUUGUAUUUAAAAAAAUCAUGCUUAAAGUCAGUGUUAAUAACCAGACCAGACAAAAAUUUGUAUUUGUAAUUUAACUAAAACAAAACUUUUUCUUUUUUUUUCGUUUCGUUUUUUUGUCUCAAAAUUCUAAUCUUUUCGUUUUAACACUUUGUCCCUGUGUGUGUGCGUGUGUUUGUAUGUAUGUGUCCAUGCGCACCUGCGUACUACGUCUUUUGUACAAAAACAAUUUAAACAUGUGUGUGAAUGUGUGCGUGUGUGUAUGUAUGUGUGUAUGUAACUGUCUAUGUAUGCGUUAAUUGACAAAUUGCAAAUAAAACUAAAUCAAGACCAAACUGCUUUUUGCAUAGAAGUGUUCCCUCAUCCAAUAAUGUUGCUGCUACUACAUACCAUUGGCCAACAAGUCCUAUAUUGCCACCUAUUUCAAGUAGAACACCACAUUUAGUGCCUGACACUCAUCUAAUGUCA